GAUGGCCUUUCUUCCCAGGAUUGCCAGCCCAUGGUUGGGUUCAGCAGCACCAUGCAAGCCACAUGCGGAUGCGGAAGGAGUCGGUUAGGUGUUCGCAACGAUGGACACCCAGAUCCAACACUCCAGAACCAGUCACACCGUCAACACCAUCGCGAGGCCGGGUCGUGGUGGCCAUGUACUCAUUCCAGGGUCGCAGCAAUGGCGAACUCACCUUUGAGAAGGGAGACAGGAUGGAGAUUCUCAAUGAUGCUGAUGCUGACUGGUGGUUAGCACGACAUAUGACACAUGGCAUUGACGGCUAUAUUCCAAAGAACUAUGUUGCAUCUACAUCUUCGCUUGAGUGCCAAGACUGGUACUUUGGCAAAAUAGCCAGGAAAGAAGCAGAAAAAUUACUAAUGACACGGGGGAACUUAAGAGGCACUUUUCUCAUCCGUAUGUCGGAACAAUCUAGUCAUGGAUAUUCCCUAAGUAUAAGGGAUUGGGACCAACAAAAGGGAGAACAUGUCAAGCACUACAGAAUCAAGGUCACUGACAAUGGAGGCUUCUUCAUCACCUCAUCACAGGCUUUCCGGACACUCAAUGACCUGGUGGAUGCCUACAAAAGAAACAACUAUGGGCUAGCAUGUCUCUUGCAAUACCCAUGUCCACGUCCACAACCCCAGAAAUGGGAUCUGUCACGAGAGACCAAAGAUCAGUGGGAGAUUGACCGUACUACUCUUUCCAUGAACAAGAAGUUAGGACAAGGUUCCUUUGGUGAAGUGUGGUAUGGUAUGUGGAACAACUCUACAGAAGUUGCCAUCAAGACCCUAAAACAAGGAGCAAUGAGUCCUUCUGCCUUCUUAGAAGAAGCCAGAAUCAUGAAAAAAUUACGGCAUCGUAAUAUUCUUGUACUUUAUGCUGUUUGUACGAAAGAAGAACCUAUACUAAUAGUCACUGAGUAUAUGUGUAAUGGUGCACUGCUAGAUUUGCUCAGGAAUGAGGGAGAGCGCACCCUCAAACUCAAUGACUUAAUAUAUGUGGCAACACAGGUUGCUGCAGGUAUGGCUUACCUAGAGAGCAAACAGUUGUUACAUCGAGACCUUGCUGCCCGUAAUGUAUUAGUAGGUGAAUCUUUGACAUGUAAAGUGGCAGAUUUUGGCUUAGCCCGAAUUGUGGAAGGUGAAGACUACUGCCCAAGCACAUGUAAUAAAUUCCCUGUCAAAUGGACAGCACCUGAAGCCAUGCUGUACAACCGCUUUACUAUCAAGUCUGAUGUCUGGUCAUUUGGUAUUCUACUAAUGGAAGUGAUUACCUAUGGUGCUAACCCAUACCCAGGAAUGAAUAACCGAGAGGUCAUAGAGAAAGUCCAGAUGGGCUACCGAAUGGCCAAGCCUCCACGAGCUCCCGAUGAGUUAUACGAAGUGAUGCUCCAUUGCUGGGAUAAGUAUCCUGAUCAACGACCUACCUUUGACUACUUGCAUCAUUUCUUCGAUGACUACCAGGUCUCCUCCGAAAUACCCUAUCGCGACAUCCACGACUAAUAACAACAUGACCCUGCCUGACCUCCACCCUCUAAUUCAGACCCUCCCAGGCCAGGACAACCUGGGUAAAAAACAGUCAGUAAGUUUUUGUAAUUGGUCACCCAGAAUAAGUAGCUGGGUAAGGUUCAAGAGCUGAACCUUGAAAAAGUAAACUUAAUUUUUAUUAAUAUGGUGGAGGGUAGCGGUAACUAGGGACACAUUGCUUUGUUCAUGGCACGAUGAUUCCCCAAUGAUUAGAUAGUAUUGUGAUAAGGACAAUUCUCCUUCUCAUAUUGGUAUCAAAUUAAUUGGCAGUGCUUGAUGUCCAAUAAUUCAACUGAUGCAUUGUUCAUAAUUCUUGUUACCUGCUAUUAAUUAUAACGGAACUUGUCGCCUUAGACAUGGUUCUUGCAGAACUUUACUUUGCUUAUAUUUGAAGUGGAUGUUUCAGAAAAAGAGGGUGUUUAUAGAAACUGAAUUCUCAGGUAGAUGUAGAAUUGUUUCUGUAUGUUGUGCUUAGUGUUUGUCCAAAGAGUACACUGCUACUCCAUUUGGACUGAUUGUAUGCCUCUAGCUGUAUCACAAAGACUAUGCUUGAUGAGGAGAAUUCAUUUUCUACAAAAGACCUCUUGGCCGAGGGGGAGAUUUUGUACCACACCAAAAACUAUAUCAAAACCAAUUACACAAUCCCAUGUGUAGUCAUAGUUGUAGAGAAAUUUCCCAGUGUCCUUGCACCCUGUCUGUCUUAUUGUUGUGCCCAUUUCUCUGUGGAGAUGCUUUUUUUGUGAUAGAAUUCCCCUCACUCCCCUUCAUCCUGUCAAGGCUGAUCUUUGCUUUCUGUCCCCCUUGGAAAAUGAUUAGUCACCAUGGAGAUACUUGGACAAAAAUGUGGAUUCGUGAUUUUUUAUUCUUAGUUUUAGUGUUACUGGAAUGAUUAGAAAAAAACGUUCCUUCACUUGUGCUUGUAAUUUGCUUAUACAUGAAUGCUGUUUUGCAUGUUAUAUGAUGUUGACUGUAUAGUGGUCUAUCUUGAUUUGAAAACCAAUGAGUGUUUAAUUGAAUUAUCAAAAAGUUUUGAUACAAGUUUUGAAAUCAUUUUUCAGUCAUAUUUUAUUUGGAAUAUUAUUUGGUGCUGUAUAUAAAAAUACUUAAACAAUGGAUACCUUUUCCUUAAUUAAUGUACAUGAUAACUGAUCUAAAUAGAAAUGGUUCUUUUGUAAUUUGAACUUUAUAAACUACUGUAAAAGAUGAGUGCUUACAAUAAGUAAUGAUUAUAUUUAUUAUUGUACUUUGCUUUUUAGACUUUUAUAAAAGAGAGACUCCUGAAUAUAUAUGGAAGAAAGUUCCAUAAUAGUAAUCAUAAUCUUAGGUUAUAUCUUAUUUUUGUACAAACCUCCUAUGAUAAGGCAUCAUGUUAGUUUUGGUAUAUGUUCACUGCCUUAAAAAUAUUUUAUCAAUUAAUGAUUCAGUUUUUAAAGAUAAAUAGGGAUUUUCCAGCACUAUUAAACAGCAGAAGAAUAUGAAAUUAUAAAAAAAGAGUGCAAUAGUUGUAAAUUGAAGAUGAAUAUUUUUAUUUUAUUUAUUAUUAUUAUUAUUAUUUUUUAAAUGUUUUACACUGUAUUAUGGGGGAUCUGAUUAAGGGCUUUUGUGAAUAAAUUGUUAAUGAUUAAUCUUCCAUCUAUCUGAUGCAAAGAAAAAAGUCUUAAAGGGGACCACUUGAAUUUUUUUUUUUUUUUUUUUUUUUUUUGAUAUAUUGUAUUCUAUUCAUCCUUUUCUGUAUUUUCCUGAAUGUCAUUAUAAAAGGAAAGAAAGGAAAAGGAGAAAAACAUAUAUGCUUCCCCUCAAAUAUUAACAGCAGAAAGCAGUUUAUGGGUUUGAUUAUUAGUCAUAGACCAAGGUAACUCUGGACUGCAAGGCAUAUUGGCUUGUUGCAAAACAGCCCUACAGCCUGUUUUACGUGUCACUGGUGUUUGAUGGAUAUCAGUGCAAAUUUUAAUUUGUUUUCUGUUCAUAUUAGAGAGGAUGAAAUUUAAAAAAUCGAGAGAAAUGCACACAUAUACAUUAAAUUGUGUAGUGUGUAACCUUUUUUUUUAAGUGUGGAAGAUGUCCAUGAAAGUUUCUUUUUUUUUUAAAUGUUACCCUUCCUAUGGUGAUCUGAAAUAUGACAUGUGGCUGACAAAGACUUCAUGGAUGUGGAUUGCUCUGUGGCAGAGCUGAAAAAUGUGCCUAAUUAGGAUUUUAUUUUUUAUUUUUGUUCCAUCAUAUUGGAAAUUAUUUUAAUGGUUGACGCUAGAUUAAAGUAGGCUACACAUCAAAAAGUAUGCUCAGGGGUCAGUAACAUUUCAAUACAUUGUACCUUCUUACUGCAGUAUAACUGCAUGCCAACUAUAAUUUUUUUUUACAAGUUACUGAAAUUUGUAUUAUAAAAAGUAUACUUGUAUACAUAUUCAAAACACAUUCUGAUUAUGUUAUUAUUAAGACUAUAAAAAUGUUCUUACCAUUUGAAUGUGAUUUUUGCAAGUGUUUUGAAAUGCAAUGUUAUUUUUCAGUACUUAAUAAACUUUCAAAAUCA